UGGAGUUAAGAAAUAAUGGCGACUUUCUUCUGGUUUUCUUAGAUUUGGGAAUGGAUGAUGAAGGAGAUGAUGACCCAGUUCCUCUACCAAAUGUUAAUGCAGCAAUAUUAAAAAAGGUCAUUCAGUGGUGCACCCACCACAAGGAUGACCCUCCUCCUCCUGAGGAUGAUGAGAACAAAGAAAAGCGAACAGAUGAUAUCCCUGUUUGGGACCAAGAAUUCCUGAAAGUUGACCAAGGAACACUUUUUGAACUUAUUCUGGCUGCAAACUACUUAGACAUCAAAGGUUUGCUUGAUGUCACCUGCAAGACUGUUGCCAAUAUGAUCAAGGGGAAAACUCCUGAGGAGAUUCGCAAGACCUUCAAUAUCAAAAAUGACUUCACUGAAGAGGAGGAAGCCCAGGUAGGUGGCACACA